UUAAAAAAUGGAGAGAAAGAAUAGGAUUAUUGUGUUUGGAGGAACUGGCUACGUAGGGAAGCAUUUGGUGAAGGCAAGUCUCUCUUUAGGUCAUCCAACUUUUGUCUACACUCGUCCUCUUACCUCACAAACUCCUCCUUCCAAGACACAGCUUUGCAAGGACUUCACCUCCAUUGGAGUCACUCUUCUUCAGGGAGAACUGGAGUAUGAAGAGAUUCUGGAAGCAAUUAAAAAAGCAGAUAUUGUGAUAAGUGCGUUGGCUUACCCUCAAGUCAUGGACCAACUCAAAAUCAUAGACGCCAUCAAAGUUGCUGGAAAUAUAAAGAGAUUCGUUCCAUCAGGAUUUGGAGCAGAAGAAGAUAGAAUAAAGCCUCUUCCUCCGUUUCAAGCUUUGCUUGAAAAGAAAAUGAAAAUCAGAAGAGAAAUUGAAGCUGCAGGAAUUCCUUACACUUCUGUUUCUGCAAAUUGUUGUGCUGCAUACUUUGUCAAUUAUUUACUUCGUCCAUAUGAAGAUGUGAAGAACAUUGUUGUCUAUGGGAAUGGUGAAGCCAAAGCUGUACUAAAUUACGAAGAAGACAUUGCCAUGUACACUGUUAAAGCUGCAAAUGAUCCAAGAACACGCAAUAGAGUGGUAAUUUAUCGACCUCCAAAGAAUAUCGUAUCACAGAAUGAGCUCAUAUCAUUAUGGGAGAAAAAAUCUGGUCACAGUUUUAGCAACACUUUUAUUUUGGAAGAAGAACUAGUGAAACAAUCACAAACAUUACCUUCUCCACAGAAUAUUCCAGUUUCUAUCCUUCACAGUGUAUUUAUUAGAGGGGACCUGGUGAAGUUUGAGAUUGGAGAAGAUGAUCUCGAAGCUUCAGAGUUAUAUCCUGAUUACAACUAUACCUCCAUUGAUCAACUUCUUGAUAUUUUUCUUCUUCAUCCUUUGCCUCCUGCAUCAGCAGCUUUUGGAUGAACUUUCAAGUGUCUGUUUUGAGAAAUGA